AAAAUGGAUUUCAAUGUUAAGAAAUUGGUAAAAGAUGCUGGUGCCGCGCUCAGCAGAGUUGUGCAGUUAACGGAAGAAACAUUAGGAACAUCGGAGAAAACAGAAUUAGAUGCACACUUAGAGUAUCUUUCAGAAAGGGCUAACUCAACUAAAACAUGGACUGAAAAGAUUCUUAGAAAUAUGGAGUCUGUACUUACUCCAAAUCCAGGCAAUAGAAUUGAAGAUUUCUUCUAUGAGAAAAUAGAUAAGAAGAAGCCUAACAGGUUGACCAAUUUAGAAUAUGUGGGCAUGGACAUGAUAGAAGCUGGAAAUAAUUUUGGUCCAGGAAUUGCUUAUGGUAGCGCAUUAAUAAAAGUUGGUCAAUGCGAGCAGAAAUUAGGACAAAUAGAAAGAGACUUUAUUGGUACUGCGGCUAAUUGUUACAUACAGCCCCUAAGGAAAUUUUUGGAAGGCGAGAUGAAAACUGUUAGCAAAGAAAUGGCAAUAUUGGAAAAUAAGCGGCUGGAUCUAGACGCGUGUAAGAACAGAGCAAGAAAAGCGAGAAGCAUGCUGGGUCAGCAAAGUGCAGAGAGGGAGUUGAGGGUAGCACAGUCAGAAUUCGAUCGUCAGGCGGAGAUUGUAAAAUUAUUGCUGGAAGGAGUGUCAAGUUCUCAGGCCGGCCAUCUGCGUUGCUUGCAUGAGUUUGUCGAAGCACAAGCGCGCCAUUAUGCUCAGUGCCACGCAACGAUGCAAGACUUGCAGCGCGAACUAGCCGGGGCGCGUCAGCCGAGUCCUUUGCUGCGAGUCAACAGCGAAGAUGUGAUCGAGCUAACCCCCUCACCCACACAAUCCCAAAACUCGUCUAUAAAUCCACCACUAGCUGGUUCUACUUAUGUUACUGCUACCUUUGAUACUGACAUUUCAAAAGUUUAGUCCUAGGAGCUACCGAUCUCAUUUAACGGCAAUAAUUAGUUAUAUUUACGAUAAAAGUAACGAAGGGAAGCAUAGGGUACAGAAACUUUUCUCUCUGAUGUAUAGGUACUUGUUAACUGAUACAACGAUCUAUAGACUUGUUAAAUAAUUCUUAGUCUGUUAUAUCACUGUCUAAUUUGUAACGAUCAGCAAUUAAUUAAUAAAUUAUGUUUACAAAAUGUUUAAUAACUGUUGUUACAUUUUGCAAGAGGGAAAAUUUUUAGUCCCGGUAGAGUUUAUAUUUGUAAUAUAAAUAACAUAAUUAAGAGCACAGCUUUACUACUCUAUUAAUAUUAAACGUAUUCAAUUGAAUACUUAACAAACGUGCUAUGUAGUUGAUCAGUGUUUAUUUUUAAUGCAUGGUAAUUUAAAUUAAAUUGUUUGGUAUUACCGAAGUAUGUACUAAAGAGCAGUGUGUAGAAUAUAUUGGUUUAUGUUUCUACAACAAUAAGGGAUUUCUGUUAAUAAUUUUUCAGUGUGCAUCUACUCUAACAUUUUCCUCGUUUGUCUUACAAAUGCUAAUUUAAUAUUGUUUCUUCUAACUUGCUAAACUGCUUAUGCCUCAACUUUUUUGUUCAUAUAAUUUUUUAACCAGUUUAGGUUAUAUUCAGCGUAUACAUUAUAUAUACUGCCGUUUAUAAAUAUGAGGGCGCUUGGUCGAAACAUUGUUAAUCAUUGGAUUGUUACAACUUCAAGAAAAGAAGUCCAAUAAGAUUGGUUAAACCUUUAUUGUACUUCUUCUCUUGGAGUUAUAAUAAUCCAAGGAUUAACAACAUUCCGGCUAAGUGUAAUAUUUAUGAUUGUAUAUCGUAUAUAUCUUUGCUGCAAAUAAUAAAAAUUCGCGCGAACUCUGAAGUUAUUUGAAAAACAAAAUUCAUGGAGUCUCGAUAUAGUUCGAAUCGUAAUUAGUAGACUUAAAAAAUUCCAUCGAAAGUUACUUAUAAGUUGACAUAUUUGCUUGAAUUUUAAAAACAUGUUUACCAAACUCAUCCGAAUUGUAAUUUAC